CCGCGGCAGGACGGAAACCGUCGUGCGGGUCCAGAGUGUGUGAAUGUGGACGAAGAGGAGAGAGAGCGACGCCGACAGACGGUAAAAGGUUGAUUCCAGGUGAAGCGUCCAGGUGCACGAACAACUUACAAGAUGAUCCGUCCUUUGCUGAUGUGUUUCAUCCUCUGCGUCGUCUAUGGCAGCAGUAAACCGACAGAGAGGAAGGGUCGAGUUCAUAACGAAGAACCUCUCAGCCACCUUGAACACGACGACAACAAAAACUAUGAGUAUGACCACGAAGCUUUUCUGGGUCAAGAUGAGGCGAAAACCUUCGAUCACCUCCCACCAGGAGAGAGCAAACGGAGGCUCGGCAUCAUCGUGGACAGAAUCGAUAGUAACAAAGAUGGUUUUAUCUCUGAGGACGAGCUGAAGGUUUGGAUCAAGAACGCUCAGAAGAAACACAUUUACAACAGCGUCGAGCAUCAGUGGAAAGACUUCGAUCUGAACAGUGAUGGCCUCAUCAGCUGGGAAGAGUACAAGAACGUCACAUACGGGACUUAUCUGGAGAGUCCUCAGAUGGACUCAGAGUAUAACUACAGUCACAUGAUGUCGAGGGACGAGAGACGUUUCAGAGUCGCAGACAGAAAUGGAGACCUGAUCGCUGACAAACAAGAGUUCACAGCUUUUCUUCAUCCUGAAGAUCAUGAACACAUGAAGGACAUUGUGGUGCAGGAAACAAUAGAAGACAUUGACAAGAACGGAGACGGUUUCAUCGACCUGCAGGAGUACAUCGGUGACAUGUACACCUCAGAGGAUAAUGAAGAACCAGAGUGGGUGGCCACUGAACGUCAGCAGUUUUCUGAGUUCAGAGACAAAAACAAUGAUGGAAAGAUGGACAAAGAGGAAACUCUUGACUGGAUUCUUCCAUCAGAUUAUGACCACGCUGAAGCUGAAGCCAAACAUCUACUGCAUGAGUCCGACGCCAACCAGGAUGGAAUACUCACCAAAAAGGAAAUCCUUGACAAAUACGACAUGUUUGUUGGAAGUCAGGUGACAGACUUCGGUGAGGCUUUACUACGACAUGACGAAUUCUAGAGACUUCGUAGAUUUUAGAUAAAAGCGUGAUUUGAUUCUUGUUUUUAAAAAUUAUUUAUUUGGUCAAACUACAGAAGAGAAAAGUUUUUAUAAAGUUUGUGUGUUUGUAUUUGGACUGUUUAGACGAUGGUUUUUUAGUGGUCAGUUUGACCUUUUAAUCAUAGUUCACUCCUUUUAUUUCUUUAUAUUCCAUCCUUUUUGGUUUUUCCUUUGUCCUGGUUGAUGAUACAAACUGAUUGAAGUGUUUUUAUUUUUCUGGUCAGUGUGCUGACCUCUGCCCUCUUCGUGCCUCAUCAUUUUUAUCUGUAAACUUUCUGCUUUCAUAUUUGUUUGUCAUUUCUGUUGAUGCUGAUUUCUGAUCACAACACUUGUGUUUUUUGGAAAGCAUAAACUUUAGGACAGUUCAGAACAGGAAAAUGUUAAUGAUAGAAUAAAAUCAGAGGAGCUGGAAAUGUCAUGAAGUGAUGAAUGUUACUGUUAAAUUUUCUAUCACUGUGAAACUAAUUUGCACCAGUUUGUCUUGAAUUUGAAGACAGAAAGUCAGUGAUUCAUUUGGACUUGAUGCUGGACUUUGACUUUCAUAUCCUCUGUAUCAAUAAAAAUAUAAAAUGCUUUUGUUUGUUUU